AUGGCUUCCUUGGGGAGUAUGGCUUCCUUGGGGAGGAACAAGGCUGCGAUCGACUCCCAGUGGAUCGAGAGUGAACGGCGGUCUGAUUUCUCUUCGAGUGCGGAGAAGACUACUGCCGACCUUGAGAAUGCUCAGGAAAAUACCUCUUCAGAUACUCAGAGCCUCACGCCAGAGCAUCGAGAGUAUUUGAUCCAACGACACGGCACCGUGGAUCUCGACCCCCUGCCCGACCCGAACGACAAGGACCCAUUGAACUGGCCAGCGUGGAAGAAGCACACCAACCUCGCCCUCGUCGCCUUCCACGCCAUGAUGUCGACCUUCAGCGCCGCCUCCAUCCAAUGUGCCUUCCAACUCAUCGCCAUGGACCUCGACGUCAGCGAGCAAAGAGCCACCUAUCUCACCUCCCUCGUCAUCUGCAUCAUCGGCGUGGUGCCGCUGCUGUGGAUCCCCCUCGCGGAUCGCUGGGGCCGUCGCCCGGUGUUUCUGCUUUCGUUGUUUUGCAGCUGUAUUGCCAAUAUUGGGUGUCGGUUCAGCUAUUCGUAUGCGACCAUGGCGCUUUGUCGGGCGAUUAUGGCUUUUUUCAUCUGUCCUGCGAGUGCUGUCGGCAGUGCCACGGUCGUCGAGACUUACUUCCGCUCGGAUAGACCACGAUAUCUGGGCAUCUGGACGUUGAUGGUCACGCUUGGUGUACCCGUUGCGCCGUUCAUCUUUGGCUUUCUAGCGCAGAGAGUCAGCUAUCGAUGGAUAUACGUCGUGCUUGCAAUAACCAACGCAGUCCAAUUCCUCCUCUACCUCUUCCUCGGCCCCGAAACCCUCUACCUUCGCGAAGUAAAGCUAACCCCAACACCAACCGACCCCAAAACCCUCAAGAACCGCCUCCUCCCACGCAUCGACACCACCCCCCUCACCCUAACAGCCUUCAUCAAACCCCUCUAUCUCGGCCUCCACGCCUGCGUCACCAUCCCGGCAGUAUCCUACUCCAUGAUCUUCCUCUGGCAAAUACUCAUCAACGUCGAAAUGCCCUCCAUCUUCAUCCGCAGCUUCAACCUCAACACGCAAGAAGUCGGCCUCCAGUACCUCGCCGUGAUUGCCGGAGCUCUGAUCGGGGAAUUCGGAGGCCGCUUCGCGACGGAUCAGUUCAUCUCGAAACCUCGCGCGCAGGGGAAAGAGCAGCCCGCGCCGGAGAGGAGGCUUUUGUUGAGUCAUUUUGGGUAUGCGUUGACGAUUUGUGGGUUGACGGUUUUUCUGGUGCAGACGAUGAAUGCGGGUGAUAGCUGGAAUAUCACCCCUCUCGUGGGGAUUGCUAUUUCGGCGGUGGGGAACCAGCUCGUUACGACGUUGCUGAUUCCGUACGCUGUCGACUGCUUCAGAGAGCAGGCGGGUGAUGUCGGCGUGUAUAUCACGUUUGUGAGGCAGGUUUGGGGGUUUGCUGGGCCGUUCUGGUUUCAACCCCUUUUGUCCGAGAUCGGUUUCGGCGGGCUCUCUGGCUUCAUUGCAGGCUUUGUCGUUUUCUUUUGUGUUCUGCCUACCAUACUACUCCAGUACAAGGGCAAGGAGUGGAGGGCAAAACUUCCACAUGCAUAA